GGUUCACCAGAAAACUGGUUUAAAGAGGACAGAAAAACUACAUUUCCCAUCAUACCCUGUGGCAGCGCAGGAAUACACAGAUAAAGUGUCGUCCUUUAUUCUUCAUCAUGUUGUGUUUGCACUGGCGUGUCUUGUGUUGGUGUGGUGACUCAUGGGUGUUCGGGCUGGUUAACCCAUGACAUCAUCCACAUGUGUUUGUAUUUGUGGUUGAGUUUAGUCAUUCAGACUCUCAGAAGUAUACGAACACUGAUGACAAUCACAGCGCAGAAUCCAUCAGCAUCAACGUCGCCAGAUCUCACUGAUCUUCUUUAUCUCAGUGUUUUCUUCCAUACUUGUGUCCAUAUAUUGUGUUUGUGAGAUGAUGGUCAAACUUCCGCACUAAGAUGUAGAAUCCAGACGAGGAGGAGGAAGAGAGACAGAAAGAGGAAGGAACUCCAACACACGAAGAAGAAGAAGAAGAAAAGAGAGAGAGAGCAGUUUCAACCUCUCCGGUCAUCCGUCAGAAAUCCCCACAGUGACCUUUGACCUCAGCCGCCACACCAUGUGUCAUGUGAUCGUGACGUGCCGCUCGAUGCUGUGGACGCUGCUCAGCAUCGUGGCCGCGUUCAGCGAGCUCAUCGCCUUCAUGAGCACCGACUGGCUGGUGGGAUUCCCGCGGACGCCGGACGCCGUGUUCUCUCCGCACGGGGCGACGGCGGCGGGCGAGGCGUACCGGCCCACGCUGGGCAUCUACGGCCGCUGCAUCCGGCUGCCCCACCUGCGGCGCGGCGUUCUGUGCGGGCCGUACGCCGUGCACUUCGGCGAGAUCGCCAGCGGGUUCUGGCAGGCCACCUCCAUCUUCCUGGCGGCCGGAAUUCUGCUGCUGUGCGCCGUGGCCUUCAUAUCCGUCUUCACCAUGUGCUUCCAGAGCAUCAUGAAGAAAAGCAUCUUCAAUGUGUGUGGACUCCUGCAGGCCAUCGCAGGUCUGUUCCUGAUUCUGGGUCUGAUGCUGUAUCCCGCUGGUUGGGGUUCUGAUAAGGUCCAGCUGUACUGCGGUCCAGACGCGUCUCCCUAUAAGCUGGGCCUGUGCUCCAUGGGCUGGGCGUUCUACACGGCGCUGGGCGGCACCGUCCUCACCUUCAUCUGCGCCGUGUUCUCCGCGCAGGCCGAGAUCGCCACGUCCAGCGAUAAAGUGCAGGAGGAGAUCGAGGAGGGCAAGAGUCUGAUCUGUCUGCUGUGAGAGAGAGACAGGGCCACGUCCGUCCUUCCUUUCCCACAAUCCCUGUCAGCCUGUGGAGUUCCUGUUUUACUGUUUGUGUGUCUCUCAUAUUAGAUGAUCUGAUGUGUGUUCGUCUGAUGUAAAUAUAUGUGUAUAUAAUGUAAAUAUCAUUCUGAAGGAUUGUGGGUUCCAGUCGCCCAGAAACCACUGCGCCGCGGCGUUCGAUCUCGUCCGUUUGUGAACACUGAAUCGUGCCAAAACCAAUCAGACGCUUCUCCAGUGCCAAAUCACACUCACCUGAGAUCGACUGACUCCACAGAACCAGAGACUUGUACUGACCGCUGUCUGUCAUUCUGUGUGUGUGUGUGUGUCUGUCUCUGUGUGUGUGUGUCUGCUCUAGUUCACUAGUGUUCACCUCCAUCUCUGCCAAAUAAAGAAGCCAUGACUAAAC